AUGUUCAACAACGCGGAUAUCGAAAAUUAUCUCAUGGAACAGGAUGAUCGUGAUGAACGAAGCGCGAAGAAGAAGAAGAAAACAUUCGACGAUUUAACUGGUAAAAAUCCAGAUAAAGAAAACAAAUCAAGUAAACAUCAAAUCGCAAAUCGUCCUAUCGUAUGCAUUCUCGAGAGAAGAUAUCCGUUGACUGUAACUGGCUACAAAUACUUGAACAUUGGUAUCAAUGUCAAACUCCCUUCUGAAGUAACCAUUAUUUUGGGGAAUUGUCACGGUAAAGAGAUCCCGCUUUUACCGGACAUCUGGAGAGAGCUCCUCGAACAAAAACACACAUCAUUUUGUCCCUUUUGCAGUACGAUGAGAAUAGAGGAAUAUGUGCAUCGUUCUCAAUGUACGUUGAAAAUCUAA